AUGUAUUUGAACAGCGUGAGCUGCGAAUCCUGCGAUUCGAAAACCGGCUCCGAAUCUUGUGAUUCCAAAGCGAAUCCGGCGUCUGAGUCUGGAAGGCGGCCGAGAUGUUCUGCUCCGUGCUUGUAUACGGCAUGCGCAGCCCUGAUCCUCAUGCAGGUGUUCCUGAUAUGUGCGGCGUUCGGGCUGGAGGAGGAUUCCGAUAGCAUGACUAGAAGUAUUUUCUUUGGAUAUCAGACGUUGGCAGCUUGCCAUGCUACUCUUUGCCUUGUGCUGUACUACCGCUGGAGAAGCAUCGACACAGCUGCAUCCUUGAUCAUCUUUGAGCUUCAGGUCUUCAUCAUGACAGGUUGGUCUUAUUGGCUGCUGGGCGCUUUUCACCAGCUUACCAUCCUGCGUGACCUGCCGAAGACGGCACAGACUGUAGCUGUGACGCUGCACCGCGUGAAUUGCGCCUUCCUGGAGUUUAACUUCACAUACCUACUUCAGCAGCGGCUGUCCUUGUUGGAGCGGGGCUUUGGCACGGAGAUGGGCGUCAGUACUAUCCGGAGGAUACGAGGGGUGGCCUUGACACUUCAACUGACCAUCGACUUGUUCCGCGCAUAUUGUCAGGUUCUGUCGCCGUUGGUGAUCCAGCUUGCCGCAGCGUUAUACCACUUGGUGGCUGGAGUUGGGGUGCUGUGCACUCUGGUCACCUCCCUUCGGGCCUUUCUGCGGGUGUCCCGGUGCUUGAAGGAGGUGCCCACCCCCGAGAAGUCCUUCGCACGCCUGGAGAAGGAGUGGUCCUUGCAGGUGUUCAGCCGGAUGGUCAAGUCCAUGCUUGUGUCGUGCACCAUCAGUUCCUUAUCACACCUACUCUGCAUCCCUGCGGUGUUUCUGGUGCACGGUGCUGCCCGCGCGCUCUUGGUUCCCGGGUACCACUUCGCUGACAUCGCAGCGGAGCUGGGCGGGCUGAUCUUCAUCGUGGGGAUUUUGAAGCCGCAGCUGCCCCAGAUCGGGCCCCAGGCGCGUGCCAUGCGCAGCCCGGGCUCCUCGAAGGUGUUGGAGAACGACGACACGUGGAACCGGAAGGUAGAGGAGCUGGCCCGCCGGCGCAUGGACCUGGGGUCGUUGCUGGAUUUUUAUUGCAGUCUUGGGCCCAAUGGAGAUGUCAUGCCCGACUUCGAUCCCAGCCGCUCUACAACCGCAGAGGUGGUACGAAAGGCGGUGAUUCCUUUAUCACGAGUCGGACAUGGUGGAUGGAGCUACUCAGAUGUUUUGGACGCUGCUGGGCGUGACUGCAAGGACCAGAUGCCAGAGUGCAUGGUCACUCACACCUGGCAGUGUCUCUUCGUCCAUCUGCUGGCGGCGAUUUGUGCCGACGCCUUGGGCCUCGAAGAGUACCAAGCGCUCACGCAGCAGCUCAUCGAAGAUCCGCAGGGCCUGCGCGAGAGCCUAGAAGCCAAAGGCUUGCUGCAGAAGAGCUACUGGAUAUGUUGCUUUUGUAUAAAUCAACACGCCAGCAUUUGCGGCAGGGGCUCCCCGGGGUGCACCUGCAGCGAGCCCAAGAUCUUGAACGACCAGCCCGCCGAGUGCGAGGUCAACAAGUUCGACACCUUGAUGUUGUGGCUGCAGCUGCACAAGCCCCACUUCCGGCAAUUGGUGGCCGCGGACAUAGACUUUGGGGUCUUCGAGAGAGCCUGGUGCGUCGCUGAGCUCGUCGCGGCGCAUGACGCCGACAUCCCGCAAAGCAUCGUCCUCCACUCCACUCAGCCCUUUGACCUGGAGGAGCAGGAUUUCUCGGUGUACUGGCGCCUGGCAAACCUGUCUGUGGCCAAUUCCUUGGCUACGCGGCCGGAGGACAAAGAGAUGAUCCUGGCGAAGAUCUCCAGCGUGCCAGACUUCGACGCCGAGCUGCAGCUGCUGAUCUUCGGGAACCAAGGCUUGCUGAAGCAAAAGCUGAUCGGCUUUGACUAUUUGGUCCCGGCGGCUCGCGCAGCCCGACGCCUCUGCAGCUUCUCCUCUCACGAGCAGAGUUCGAAUGUAUAG